GUUCAUGGGCUAUUUUGUGGGAAAGUUACUGAUCAUUAAAAAGAAGAAAGAGAGGGGAGGGAGACAAAGACAUUUGAUACUACCUACUCUAUGUCUAUUUGCCUUUUUUUCUUUCUUUUUUCCAUAUGAAUCUACACUACACACCUUGGAGUUAUUUUUACGUAUUUAUUUAUUCAUUCAUUAAAAUAACAAAGGAAGUAAUAUUUGUGAUCUGUCACCCAUUUCCUCAACCUUCUUUGCUUGACUUGAGGGAUCUACUAGGGACUAUAUAUAUAAAUGACUCUAAAUCCCCAUUUCUAAUCUCCCUCCCAAUAUAAUCUUCCAUUCUUAGCCAGCUUCAAUUCCUAGCUCCAUUUUUGCAAAAUCAUUAUUAAGAUAAAGAGAUCAACUGCAAAAUACUUAAAAACGGGGGGGAAAAAAUCAUCAUCAUCAAACGUCGUUGAGUAAUGGUGAAGUCAGAGGUGAAGAUCCAAUCUGAAGCAUCCAAGGCAAUGUCAUCUUUAUCACCAAAAUCGCAACCAUCAUCGUCAUCGUUGAAGAAGAAGUACAAAGGAGUUAGAAUGAGGAGUUGGGGUUCAUGGGUAUCUGAGAUUCGAGCUCCAAACCAGAAGACUAGAAUCUGGCUUGGCUCCUAUUCAACCCCUGAGGCUGCUGCUAGAGCUUAUGAUGCUGCACUCUUAUGCCUUAAGGGCUCCUCUGCUAACCUCAAUUUCCCUCACACUGCUUAUUCCACUACCUCCCCUCUUAUUCCUGCUACAAAUGCUGCUGUUGCCACUGUCAUGUCCCCUAAGUCCAUCCAAAGAGUAGCCGCUGCUGCUGCUGCGGCGACUAAUACCACCACCACCACCACCACCACUACUACGGAUGAACACACUACUCAAGCUCACCCAUCAACAUCAUCUUCUCAUUCAUCAAUGACUUCCUCCCCUUCUCAGUCAUCCUCGCCGCCACCCUCAGACCAGCUCAUUGAUGAUAUCAUCUCUCUUGCAGAUGAUCCCUAUCAUCCAACUUUUGAUGACAUCAAUAAUGCUGCCUCUUCCAUGGUUAUGAUGAAUAAUGACUACCCAUGGUUUGAUCUAUCUCCUAAACACUUGGAUCCUGUGAUGAUGAACUCCAUGUUCUUCAAUCCCCCAUCUAUGAACAUGAUGGAUAUCGAGCAGCUAUACGAUGAUGGGGACAUUCCCUUGUGGAGCUUCCGCUGAUCAAUCCAUUCUAUUUUUCAUCAUUAUUCUUUUUUCCCUAUCUUCCAAUUCAUUUCAAUCACUACUUCACUAGUUCUCGCUCCAAGGGCCAACUUGAGGACAUCACUAACAAUUACAUUUUACAUACACACACAAUAUAUGCUAAUCUAUGUACUGUAUUUGUUUACGGAGUAGCUAGUACUCCUUCGAUUUUAGCAUAUGCGUAUACAACUAGGCUAGAAAAGAGGGGGUAAAAAUAUACUUAUAUACAUAUAUAUGUGUUUACAUUUGAGGUCUGGCAUUUUUUUCAGCCUCGUAUAUAUACUUGAAUUGUAAUGUGCAAAGUUUCGCAAAUAGUUUCAUUAUUUAAGAGCA